UUGCAGUCCAUAUCAUAUUUUUAAUUCAACCUGUAUCGAGUAGUGUUACCUGUAAAAAAAUAUUCCUACCUUUGUCGGAAACCUCAGUUUGGCCGAGAUUCCAUCAUGAGAUUAGGAAUCACUUUAGGAGUACUAAUCACAAUUCUAGGGAUUUUCAAUGCCUGCAAUGCAAACCGUGCCUAUAAAGCAGAAUGUGAAGAAAAGGAGGUAUAUGUUCCCUUUCAAGAGGAUAGCGACAAACCCAACGAGUACCGGGUAUGCUUCAGUAAAACAGGAGAUUCCAAGGAAUAUACUUGCCCAAAAUAUCUAACUUUUAAUAAAAUAACGAGAAGCUGCACGGUUUCGUUUGACGAAGGAUCUUCUAUGAAAUGCACUCGGAAAGGUGAAAAAAUUGGAAUGAGUGAUGACAAAAGUUGCCAAAUCUAUUUUGAAUGCGAAACUAAUUCGAAAGGUGAACUGGAACUUAGCAAGACGAGUAAGGUCUGUGAUGGAUACUACAGUCCUCUUCUACGAGAUUGUGUUCCUACUGCUGAAUAUAUUUGCGGAGCUGAUCGCCCUGAUUGUAAUCAUCCAGAUUUUCAAAAUAGAAUGUGGGUUGACAAAGAAGAUUGUAAAUCGUACUAUGAAUGUGUCAAGGAUGUUCUUGUGUCACGUAAAUGCCCCAGCGGUAAAAUAUUUGAUGCACACACUCAAGCCUGCAUACACGAAGUCGAAGAUGAAUGCAAAGUUGAUUCGGCCGCCGGUUACCUAGUGGAUCCUGAAACUAUGUGCAAAGGAAAGGUUGGGAAGUUUCUCGCGGAUCCCUACCAUUGUAAAGCUUACUACUAUUGUGUCGAUGAAUCAACCCCUUACUGGAGUACUUGUGACCCCGAUAGAUAUUUUGCGGAUGGAAUUUGUACCACGGCAAAGCCUAAAAGCUGCACUUGCGAAGAUAUAGACUGGGAUAAAACUGACAAGGAUUCAGUGAUUAUUCCAAAUAAUUCUGAUAAUUCAAAAUAUUACAUAUGCAAAAACUCAAAACUUCCCGAAGAGAAGGAAUGUCCAAAGGGAUCAACUUUUGAUCCAAAGAAGGGCUCAUGUUCCGAAUGAUUAUUUAAUGAUUUAUUAUAUGGUUCACCAUAUCCACUGAAAAUAAAUUAAUAGCUCUUUACAA